AUGGGCGUGAAAAGCGAUGAAACAAGAUUUUAUUUCAGUGAAAAUGAAAUCUCGUUGGUCUCGAUUAGUCAAACGCUUGCACAAACAUUCGCGGUGGUGGCGGUGGCGGUGGCGGUGGUAGCGGUAGCAGGAGGAAUCCCGCUUUUCGCGCAGACAGUUCUCGCGUUGUUUGGGGAAGCUCAGCGAGUAGAAAUGUUUUAUGUGGCAUUGAAUCUUAGCUAUACUGCCAAGUUCUUACGAACAUGGGAAGCCAAACUACAGAGCCUCAAAAAGGUCAUUAUUCACAAAUACACAGGAAUUAAAGGGGAAAUAUUUUCACCUUUCAACAGCUUGCAGUCCUCUGAAAGCAGCCAGUUGCAUCUGAACGUAGUUUGGGUGUGUUGGAGCAGGAAGCCGGUGGGAGAGAAAGGUGGAGGAAGGAAGGAGCUGUUGCCUUUGGCGACUGGACUCAGAGCACGAGGUGGGGGCCACUGCCUCGAGCCCAGAAGAAGCCUCAGCUCGCACCAUCUGCCUCCGCCCUCCACUCCCCCGCGCCUCCGGCUCGGCGAGUGCAGGGAAAACAAGAUCGCCACCGAGGCUCAAAACGUUGAGAGGAGAGCAACAUUACAGAUCAUCUGGUCCAGCCCCUUCGUUUCACGGGCCAGGAGCUGGAGGUCUGGGCUAACGAGCGGGCGGGCCAGCCAGCGCAGCGCGGGGACCAGUACCCAUGGCCCCGCCUGCCCCGCCGCAGAGGCCCCUCCCCAGCUUCCCGGCCGUUUGGCUAGUUUGUUUGUCUUAUUUUUAAUUUCUCCGAGGCCAGCCAGAGCAGGUUUGCUGGCAGCAGUACACCUCCAGCAAUCACGGGACCAGCCAAUCUCCUCCUUGCGCUCUCGGAGUCGGCGCGCUCUGGAAGGCGGAGAGGCGGCGGAACCGCGCCGGGGCCACCUUAAGGCCGCGCUCGCCAGCCUCAGCUGGGCGGCUCCCGGCGCCGCAACCAAUGGAUCUCCUCCUCUGUUUAAAUAGAC